AUGAUAGAUAUACGAGGUUGGUUAUGGUUUAGUUUGCGAAUUUUCAUUUAUUCAACUAUUCUGUCAAUUAUUGUCACCGGUUGCAUCUGCGCCUUUUGCAUUUGGUAUUACUGGUUUGUUGUUCGACGUCGGUCACGAACUGAACAAGAAAUUAACACGAAAUUGCAAAAUCGCUCAUUCUCGUUUCACACAUUGUCAUUUCAAAUAUCGAAUAGUGGAAUUAUUCUUCUAAGCAUACAGAUAUCACCAUUAGAAAAGCAAUUGUUGGAACUAGCACAGUUGAAUGGACGAAGGUAUCGAAUCAGUACUUUAGACAUACAGGAUGAACAGAUCAGCAUUGGCUUUGCUAAAUCAAAUAUUAAUCUGACAAUUAAGCAUGAGUGUCUAGAACAACAAAGUUCUCAAACAAAACGAACGUACUUCGUGCACGAAUAUACAUUUCUAUGGUCCACUCCAUCUUAUCGAGUACGCUUCGAUGAUAAAUUCCAUCUGAAUGAUACUGGAUAUUGGUAUGGUGGUGCUACUCAAAGAACAGUUUACUGGCCUAUCAAUCAAUUUGUUACUAAGUGUCAAGCAAUGGUUCCCAAUGAUGCUUACAAGAAUAUGUUCGGCAGCGUUUGUGAACGGUAUUGGUUGUCAUCGCUUGGUUUCGCAUUGCUUGUUGAUCCGCUCGCACCAUUGUUCGUAUCGAUGAACAAAAAACACUUGCAAUUCAUAUCACAAUAUCGAACGCCAUAUCGACAGAAAGAGUUUCUCUCCCAUCAAUUUCAAUACAAGUUUUUACAACAUGUCAAUAUGCGUGAUCUUCAUUUAACAAUAAUCAAUCGCUAUCUGGGUAAACCUACGAAUAUACCCAGUCCACGUAUGAUAACUGAACCAAUAUGGUCGACAUGGGCACAAUUCAAACAAAAUAUUAAUACAGAGAAUAUCUUGAAUUAUGCUGAAGAAAUCGUCCGACAAGAUUUUCCACGAUCACAAAUAUGUAUCGAUGAUGAUUGGACACCGCACUACGGUACAUUGGAAUUUGAUCGAACGAAGUUUCCUGAUCCAAAGGAAUUAAUUAAAAGGUUAAAAGAGCUUAAUUUUCGUGUGACAUUUUGGAUUCAUCCAUUCGUGUCUUGUCAUACAUUUAAAUUCAUCGAUUAUUGGCGUCGUGGACUUUUAAUCAACAUGAACAUUCUUCCCAUAUUGAUCGAUUCAUUGAUUGAACGAAGUCGACUUCUUCAACUUGUCUUCGAUGAUAUUUUGGCUAAUCCAGUAUUUCAACCAGUUAUAUUCAUUUUGAAAUAUAUUCAUCAACAAUUUUUACCAUCACUACCUGGUAUCUCAUUGUGGUGGAAUGGUCUUGCGGGUGUCUUAGAUCUCACCAAUCAGUCCACGCAGGAUCAGUAUAUUUCAGAUCUGGAACGUCUGCAAACCAAAUAUGAUAUCGAUAGUUUUAAAUUCGAUGCUGGUGAAGUCAAUUGGUUGCCAACGUUUGGCUCAUUUACGAAUUCGUCUUGUUUACAAACCAUCACAGAUAGACUCACGUCCACAACCACUCCUGGUAUCUAUCCAUAUCUCUACGCACAACUUGCUCAUCGUGUUGAUCGAGACAAUCGUUUACAAGAAGUACGGGUGGGUUAUCGUACGCAAACUUUGCCAAUGUUCGUUCGCAUCAUUGAUAAAGACUCACAUUGGUCGUAUAAGAAUGGUUUACGCUCGUUACUGCCAAGUAUUUUCAAUUUGAGUCUUCUAGGCUAUCCAUUCAUUCUACCUGAUAUGGUCGGCGGUAAUGGUUAUGGUUUAACGAUAUCUCAAACACGCUUACCACAACGUGACUUGUAUAUACGUUGGCUGCAGUUGAAUGUUCUGUUACCAGCCAUUCAAUUCUCUUUUCCACCAUGGCUUUACAACGAUGAACAAGUGAUUCGUAUCGCUCACAAGUGCCUUCGAAUACGCGAACGUUUUCGUGCAGUUUUACUAUCUACGGCUGAAGAAUGCGUGCAAUAUGGUACUCCGAUGAUUCGACCGUUGUGGUUUUAUGAUCCAUAUGAUAUGAAAGCGCAAAUCUGUGACAAUGAAUAUAUGUUGGGCAAUGAUCUACUUGUUGCACCUGUCUUAGAAGAGAAUGUUAAUGAAUUGCAAAUUUAUUUACCGCAGGGAAAAUGGAGAUGUAUCCAAACGGAACAUAUCUAUGAUGGAAAUCAAACACAUGCAUAUCCAGUAACAAUCGAAGAUAUUCCAAUAUUUCAACGAUGUUAA